AUGUCGGAGCGCGUCACUCGCUCCCAGACGGGCAAGACUCCCAGGAAAUCCCUUCCCGAAGGUUACGUCGAGACGCCCGGCACGCAACGUCGGUCGCGCAAGUCGGAAAUCGCAGCGGAACAGUCGCCGUCGGAGGAUGACACGCCCAGCAAUGGAAAUGGAAAUGGAAACGGGAAGAAUGGAUACAGCAACGGCCAUGCGGCUCCCACCAAACGCGCGAAUGGCGCAUUGAAAUCGCGUACAGGCAAGGAAACGGGCAAGAUUGUGGAUGGAUGGCUCGUGGGUGGAGAUCCCAGAAUCGACGCCGACCCGCACUUCGACUUUGGUGGCUCGCUCGGAGUGACGGCCAUGAUGAUUGGAUUUCCCGCCCUGAUGUGGUACAUGUGGAUUGGAGCGACCUACUACGACGGCAAAUUCCCCUCGGAACCGUCCAUGUCGUGGUCGACCUUUGGCAAACACCUCGUCAAGCUGGCCUACAUUGGCGCCUUCCCUCACGCCAAAGCAUGGGCCAUUUACUGGACUUUUUUCAUCUUCGAGGCCGUUCUCUACCUCGUCAUGCCCGGCGUCUACUCCACCGGAAAGCCGCUACACCACGAAAAUGGCAAGCAGCUUCGUUACUACUGCUCCGGAGUUUGGUCGUUUUACACCUCCAUCCUCGUCGCCGCCGUGCUCCACUUCACCGGCCUCUUCCCCAUGUACACGCUCAUCGAUGAAUUCGGCCCGCUCAUGUCCGUCGCCAUCAUCUCCGGCUUCCUCGUCGCCAUUGUCGCCUACGUCUCCGCCCACAUGCGAGACGCCACCCACCGCAUGACCGGCUACCCCAUCUACGACUUCUUCAUGGGCGCCGAACUCAACCCCCGCAUGUUCGGAUGGCUCGACUUCAAAAUGUUCUUCGAGGUCCGCAUCCCCUGGUACAUCCUCUUCUUCACCACCCUCUCCGCCGCUGCUCGUCAGUACGAAAACUACGGCUACGUCUCCGGUGAGGUCUGCUUCCUCCUCAUGGCCCACUGGCUCUACGCCAACGCCUGCAGCAAGGGCGAGGAGAUGAUCGUCACCAGCURGGACAUCUUCUACGAAAAGUGGGGCUUCAUGCUCAUCUUCUGGAACUUGGCCGGCGUGCCUCUCAGUUACUGCCACUGCACCAUCUACCUCGCCAACCGCGACCCCACCACCUACGCGUGGUCCAAGCCCGUCCUGGUCUUCCUCUUCACCUCCUACCUCUUCGCCUACUGGGUCUGGGAUACCGGCAACUCCCAGAAGAACUACUUCCGCGCGCAGGAAAAGGGCUACUCGGUCGAUCGCAACACAUUCCCCCAACUCCCCUGGAAGUUUGUCAAGAACCCCAACAAGAUCGAAACCGCCACCGGAGAUUCCAUCCUCGCCGAUGGCUGGUUCGGCAUUGUUCGCAAGCCGCAUUACGUCGCGGAUCUGUACUUUGCCUUUACCUGGGGUCUCAUCACCGGGUUUGACAGUCCCUUCCCCUGGUUCUACCCCGCGUUCUUCAUGGGCAUGAUCAUUCAUCGUGCCGUGAGAGAUAUCCAGCGGUGUCGGAAGAAGUAUGGCGAGAGUUGGAAGGAGUAUGAGAGGCAGGUGCCGUAUUUGUUCAUUCCGUACAUCUUCUAG